GUCCUCAAUAUUGAAGUUCUGAUCAAAUGAAGCCAAUUUUCUGUGGAAACUUUGAAUAUGAUGCUCGGCAGUCUGAUCUUGAGAAACUCUUCAAAAGAUAUGGGAAAGUUGAUAGGGUUGAUAUGAAAACUGUUUGGAUCAUCUUCUGAGAUGACAAAGGAGACCAGAACGGCUGCAAUGUUGAGCUUCAAGGGAGUUAUGUGCAUUUAAGCCAACAACCUAAGCCGGUGUGCACUCAGCAUUUCAAGGCGAGAACAAAUAUUCAAAGGAUGGCAAACAUGCUCCCAUGUGGAGAAUUGAAGGGGUUUCAGGAUGUGUUUAAAACAAGAAAGUCUUAUGUUUAUAAGUGUGAGACCCCCAUACUCAAUGAAUUCUUUCGCGCAGGAUUACAUUGCAAUUUCAAACCAAUCCCUGGCCGAUGGAAGGAUUUCUUCUUCGUUUCAUUUCCGGGAAGUGACAAGCAAUCUCUUUUAAUUUCCUAGAAGAGCCUGUGAUCAUAUUCGCCGUCAUCAUCAAACAUUAGUGAUUGUUGCCUUCAUCCCCCAUGACAUAUGUGCAUUCUUCAUUUUACCACGUAACACGCAGACCUUCAAAGCUAAGGCAGCUGAAUAUAUUGGAGAAGGAACUCACAAUACGUUCACCUGUCAUGAGACAUCCACCUUUGGAUAGUUGUUCCAUUGACAUCACAUAAUUCACCUAUCAAGGUCUGUUAUUGAUUCAGCUGGUCAGUAGUAAGUUUAAGGUUGACAAGACAGAUCUUUAAUAAUUUUACCAGGCUUUGCUUUUGUUUACAUGGAGGAUGAAAGAGAUGCGGAAGAUGCAAUUCGUGCACUUGACCGGAUUGAGUUUGGAAGAAAGGGUCGCAGACUCCGUGUUGAAUGGACCAAGCAAGAGCGAGCUACCAGGAGGCCAGAAAGCACCAGAAGACCUUCCUCCAACUCGAGGCCUUCAAAGACACUGUUUGUUAUCAACUUUGAUCCAUAUCAUACCAGAACAAGAGAUUUAGAGAGGCAUUUUGAUCCUUUUGGGAAAAUACUGAAUGUAAGGAUCAGGAGGAAUUUUGCCUUCAUACAAUACGAAAAUCAAGAAGAUGCAACAAAAGCUUUGGAGUCUACUCACAUGAGCAAACUGCAGGAUCGUGUUAUCAGUGUUGAAUAUGCUAUCCGGGAUGAUGAUGAAAGGCGAAACGGAUAUAGUCCAGAUGGAAGGCGAGAUAGAUCACCCAGGAAAGGCUAUGAUAGAGUGAGAUCCCCCAGUCCCUAUAGGAGAGAGAGGGGUAGUCCUGAUUAUGGCCAGGGUCGUGGACGUAGCCCAAGUCCAUAUCGGAAGGAGCGAGCAAGCCCGGACUAUGUUCGUGGAUCUAACCGAAGUCCCAGUAGGAGAGAAAGAGAUACUGGAAAUGGACGUGGCCGAACACCAAGUCCCAGGAGAGACAGAGAGCCUGAAUAUGACCACAGACGAAGCCCCAGUCCAAGCCCCAGGAGGGGGAGAGAACUUGAAUAUGACCGUAAACCCAGAGUGGAUAAAGAGCCUGAAUAUGACCAUAGGAGAAGCCCUAGUCUAAGCCCCAGGAGGGAGAGAGAGCUUGAUUAUGAUAGUAAAGCAAGGAUGGAGAGAGAUCCUGAGUAUACUCGCAGACGAAACCUAAGUCCAAGUCCCCGGAAAGAGAGGGAAUCUAAAUAUGACUACAAACGUAGCCCGAGUCCAAGCCCCAGAAGGGAGAGAGAGUUUGAAUAUGACCGUAAACAAAGCCUGAGUCCAAGUCCUAGGAGGGACAGGGAAUCUGAAUAUGACCGUAAACCAAGCCUGAGUCCAAGCCCGAGGAGGGAUAGGGAGUCUGAAUACGAUCGUAAACAAAGCCUGAGUCCUAGUCCCAGGAGGGAGAAAGAAUCUGAAUAUGAUCGGAAACAAAGCCUGAGCCCUAGCCCCAGGAGGGAUAGGGAGUCUGAAUACGAUCGUAAACAAAGCCUGAGCCCUAGCCCCAGGAGGGAUAAAGAGUCUGAAUAUGACAAUAAACACAGCCCAAAUUCUAGAAGAGAGAGAUCCAAUGGUGAUCUUGAUCGUGACCAUUACUCAGAAAAGAGUCCACAUGCAGGCUACAGUCGCAGUCCUAGUCAAAGUCCUCAAAGAGAGCAAGGAGAGAGGAUGGAAGGCCCUGAUAGUUAUGACCGUGCCCGAAGCCCUUACAGUGACCCAGAAAGCCUUCCGGCUGAGUAAUAUUUGGAUGGUGCAGUUACCUGGAGCUGCUGCUGCUGCUGCUGCGAUGAAAGAUGUUAAUCGUAACAUGCUGCAACCAUUUGGUUUGUUGCGAGAGCCCCGUAUGCCAUUUACCGCACUUGUCCAACUUGUUAUAAUGAAAGGAAUAGCCAUUCAUACAUGAGACAUAUUAUUUAGCAUAUAUUCAUCGGCACAUUGAUUGUUUUCUUCGCUAGUUAUUACUGCAGACCAGAUUGGACCUUGCACUGAAUGUGGUUAUGUAUGUUUCUGUUCUCUCUUGUUUUCCUUUUUUUCGUUUUUAGUAUUCCUGACUUAUUGAAAUAUGCUUCUUGUCUGAAGUUCA